UGAUAUCUUCGACAUUUACUUUCCCUAACAAUGUCGAGUGCGUCAUCUCCCCGAGAUUUAGAGAAGGUAGUCAGAGACGGAUUGAGCACGCUUGUGCUGGCUUUUGGAAACAAAGUGGGAAUAAUUGAUGAAUUUAUCAAAAUACAUCCUUGCACCGCAGAGGAACUUAGUAAGAAGACAGGUAAAAAGUUAAGGUACAUACAAGAAUGGUUGGGAUGUCUAAUCUCGACAGGAAUCGUCCGAAUUCACGAGGACGGCAAAUAUUCACUUCCGUACGAGGAUUCUAUGAUAAAGGAAUGCUGUAAUAUCGCUGCAGCACUCCCAGUUCUGAGUGAGAUGUUCCCUCGUCUAGAGAAUGUUCUUCCGGAAGACGGACCACGAGGUUAUGGCUACUACGACCCUUUCCUCGAGUGGUGGGGUACCUAUCACAACCCGGAAGUGACGUGGAUUCAUGACCAGCUGAUUCCUGUCCUGGACCUCAAACCAGGAACUCAAUUCACACUGCUAGAUCUUGGGUGUGGUUACGGUAGGCUUACUAGAGAGAUAGCAAGACGGUACCCUGAAAGUACUGUAAUCGGCAUUGACAUGGAUCAAGUCUCCAUAGAUCACGCAAAUAAAGAACUCUCAAAAGGCGGUCAGAAAAACCUCCAAUUUCUUUGUAUGAAAGGAGGACACCUUCCAAACGAUUGGGCGGAAAAGUUUGACUUCGUCAUAUUGGUGGACGUUCUUCAUGAUUCAUACGAAGUAGACGACAUCUUGGAGGAAACAAAGCGAGUCCUUAAACCAGACGGACAUGGGGCAGCGUACGACCCUCCGGUGUCAUCAUACCACCAAAAGCUGAUUGACAACAAAUCAGCGCAGUUCUUUAUGCCAUUGAGUCUAUUUUCCUGCCUUCCUAUGAGUUCUUCUGGUCCUUCUGGGGGAGGACUAGGUGUAGGAUGGGGCUACGAACGGAGGAAGGAAAAGGUAGAGGAACAUGGAUUCAACUUGAUUCAGAUUGGCGACGAGGACACAGACACAAUACAAGAGUGUAUUGCCUUCCAGAAAUAAGAGAUACGCAACGAAACCAGGAAUACGUUCCGAAUCUCGAGUGAAAACAAAGCUACCGGUGAACAGAUUCAUUUUUAUGCAUUUAACGUGUUUGAAAUAAAAGAUUGCAUUUAG